AUGUGUCUGCAAUACAUUGUCAAAUGCAGAUUCUGCGGCGCCUGGAGACAGUACAACUGGGAUCGCUGCGCCGAGAACAGGCGGCUCCUCAAGAAGGGCUGCGCUCUCGGCCUCCCGUCCCAGCACCCCUCGGAGUGCGAGCAGUUCCCCGAGAACAACCGCCAGCGCAUCAAGCGCCACAUGACCGUCUACGAGUGCCCGACCAAGGAGUGCAAGAGCACCGAGAUCGCGGCCAAGCUCUUCGAGGAGCGCGCCAGGGUCGAGGCCAUCAGGGCCGCUGCUCUGGCAAAGGCCCGCGCCGAGUGGGAGGCCAAGGACAAGGCCAAGAAGGCCGAGUUUGCGGCAAAGUACUUUACGAAGCGGCCUGUCCUCGUCAAGGCUAGCGAGAGGCGCGAGUCGUUUCUGAAUGUGCCUUCUGGGGAUGCUGCUGCGCCUCCGGCAACGCCAGCGGCGCAGAUUCAGCACCUUGUGCCGUUCAUGCCCCAGCAGUGGCGUGACGAUGAAACCCAGACUCUGGUCCAAAUGGCCGAGCAGUCCAUGCACAGCCAAGUCUUUGAAGACAGCGACGAAGACGACUUUUCGUCCGAAUCGGAAGAGAUUGAGAUCUCAGCCUUUUCCAGGUAUAUGGGCGCCAUCACCAUCCAGGAUGACGGCAAUGGCAUAAAAAAGAGAAGGGCCAUUGAGUUUGGAGACGACGGAAUGCCCAUCCGCUCCAUCACUCCUUGA